UUACACCCGAUUGGCUAGUCUUGGAGUGUCUCUGUCGGCCGGGGGCGGAGCUUCGUCGGGUAGCGCUCCACCGAGAUGGCGGCGGCCUUAGUGCCCGGCGUUUCGAGAAAAGGCCUCACGUGGAUGAUCGCAGGGGUCCCACGCCAAGAAUUUUGGUCUCGAUUCAGAGAACAGAAAAAGCCCGUGGUGGCCGAGACCGUGGAGGAGGUGAAGAAAGAACCUCUCCUGGCGUGUCCGCCCUUACGCAGCCGGACGUACGCGCCACCCGAAGAUCUCCAGAGCCGUUUGGAAUCCAGCGUCAAAGACAUUUUUGGCUCAUCUGCUGCUAGCAGCUGGCAGGACAUCUCCCUGGACGAUGGUCGUCUGAAGUUCAGCUUGUUGACACGGUUAGCCGAUGACCUGGGCCAUGCGGUGCCCAACUCCAGGCUCCAUGAGAUGUGCAGGGUCAGAGACGUUCUUGAGUUCUACAAGGUGCCCGUUCAAGACAGAUCUAAAUUUGAUGAACUCGUGGCCAGCAAUCUGCCUCCCAAUAUAAAAAUCACUUGGGGCUACUGAGCAAUUCAGAAGAGGAAUUGAAAUUAUUGUAAUCAUCGAACCUCCCCCCCCAACAAGGAGGCUACUAUCAGACCUUUUGAUACUUUGAAAUACUAUCAGAACUGUUCUCUAAAACCACUUAUUCUGUGGAAGAAUGCAUUAUUCCUCCCCCCCCCUCAUAACAAUAUGAAUUGACAAAUAACAAGAUUUCAUUUUUUUCACAUUUGCUGAAACUU